AUGUCGACCUUCUUUAAUCCACCCGAGCAGCCCAAGGAAGGCAUUGUGCUCGGGAAUAACGCUCCCUCGGACUCAGAUAGCCACAGUCGGCCCCAGUCCAAGGGCAAGUCGUCCAAGCCGUCCAGCGAGAAGGAGAGUACCUUGGUCGAAGAGCCGGGGAGGUUUUCUGAUGCCGCCGGCGAUGAUACGCAGAAGGAGACUGCUCCCAAGCCUCGAGAUGAAUCGCCGAAGGAGGCGAUCCCCAAUGAAGACUCUAAUAAGGAAACGGCCGUCAAGGACGAUGUGGAGAAGGAGACCAAGGACGAAUCGAGUAAAGAAAACAGCGAUGCUGACGGCGAGAAGAGCGAGGAGCCCGAGUUUGAAUACCCCUCGGCCUGGCGAUUGGUCCUGAUUACCAUCGCGCUGUGCCUGUGUGUGUUUUGCGUGGCAUUGGAUAACACCAUCAUUGCAACUGCCAUCCCCAAAAUCACCGAUCAAUUCAACUCCCUCGACGAUGUCGGUUGGUACGGUAGUUCCUACCUGCUCACCACUUGCUGCGUGACUCUGAUGUUCGGCAAAUUCUACACCUUCUAUUCUAUUAAGUGGAUCUAUCUGCUUGCUCUCUCGAUCUUCGAAAUCGGAUCUCUCGUCUGCGCCACCACCCCCAACUCCGUCGGCCUCAUCUGCGGUCGUGCCAUUGCCGGUCUCGGUGCCGCUGGUCUUUUCUCUGGUUCGAUUUUAAUCAUCGGUCAGACCGUUCCCCUGGACAAGCGACCCAUGUAUACCAGUCUCAUUGGUGCGAUGUUUGGUAUCGCCAACGUCGUUGGUCCUCUCUUGGGAGGUGCUUUCACCGAUAAAUUGACCUGGCGUUGGUGCUUCUACAUCAACCUGCCCAUCGGCGCGGUGACCUUCUGCUUCGUCCUCUUCUUCUUCCAGGCAAACAAGGCCCUGAAGACCAAGGGUAACUUCAAGCAGCAGCUGGGUGAAUUCGAUCUUCUGGGCUCGUUCUUCUUCCUCCCCGCCAUCAUCAGUCUUCUGCUAGCUCUGCAGUGGGGUGGUACCCGGUAUGCCUGGGACAGCGGUCGCAUCAUCGGACUCUUCGUCGUCUUCGGCGUCCUCAUCAUUAUCUUCACCUUCCUCCAGUGGUGGGGCCAGGACCGAGCGACUGUUCCUCCGCGCUUGAUCAAGAACCGCAAUGUCUGGGGCGCGGCCUGGUAUUCGCUUGCUCUUGGUGCCGCCUACUUUGUUCUGGUCUACUAUCUCCCCAUCUGGUUCCAGGCCAUCAAGGGUGCCACAGCCAUCAAAUCCGGCAUCAUGAACCUGCCCAUGAUCAUCGCGGUCGUUGUCGUCUCCCUGCUGGCCGGCGGUCUUGUCACAGCUUGCGGCUACUACACCCCAUUCAUGAUCGCCUCCGCCAUCCUCAUGACCAUCGGCGCCGGUCUCCUCUCCACCUUGCAAGUAGACUCCGGCCACGCCAAGUGGAUCGGUUAUCAGGCGCUCUUCGGCAUCGGACUCGGACUCGGCAUGCAGCAACCCAUGAUGGUCAUGCAGACCGCACUCAAGCCCACCGAUGUCCCGAGCGGCACAGCCAUUGUCAUGUUCUCGCAGACCCUCGGUGGCUCCAUCUUCGUCUCGGUCGCCCAGAAUGUUUUCCAGAACCAGCUGUUCCAGAAUCUGUCCCGCUAUGCUCCCGACGCUGAUGCCGCCAAGCUUGUUUCGGCCGGUGCCACCAUGCUGCGCCAUUAUGUUGCUGGUCCUGUGCUACACCGCGUUCUCAUUGCUUAUAAUGAGGCCAUCAUGCAGACCUUCUAUGUGGCUGUUGCCAUGGGUGCGUUGACGCUUGUUGGUCCCAUCUUCGUGGAGUGGCUCUCCGUGAAGGGCAAGAAGAUCGAGAUGGCGGCUGCUUAA